AUGCUGGACUCGGGUGGUCCCCCUAGCGAGAGGUUCUUGAGCAUUAGUUCCCUUAAUCCGUACGUACACCGCUGGCAAAUCAAGGCGCGGGUUGUGGACAAGAGCCCAUUGCAGACGACGAAGAACAACAGCAAAUUCUUCCACGUUGACGUCACAGAUUCUGCAGGCGAUCUCAUCCGCGCCAAGUUUUGGGGUGACGCAGCCGAAAAGUGGCACGGGGCUCUGGAGAAAGGCAAAGUGUACUGCUUCUGCAGAGGCAGAGUCAACGUGGCGAACAAGCGGUUUUCAACUCUCAGCAAUAACUAUGAACUCUCCUUCUCAGCGGAGGCGGACAUCAAGCCGGCAGAAGACGACGGCUUGUGCUCAAUGCCUCUCCGGAAUAUCUUCAACUCCACUCGAGAGUGCCCAUUCCCUACUGACGUGUUGGCUGUCGUCGUUGAGGUUCAGCCUAUUUCUUCUGUCACCGCGAGGAGCAGCGGAGAGGAGCUCAAACGCCGUGUGUUGAAGGUUCGGGACAAAUCCCAAAUGGAAAUGGAGAUAAGCUUGUGGGGCGAACAAGUUGACUGUAUAACUGAGACGACAGCCCUUCCUCAGGUUUAUGGGCUCACGGCACUGAACAUCCGAGACUGGCGAGGGGCUAGAAGCGCCAGCACAACAAAGUCCUCGCAAAUACUAAAGGCAGGCGCAGGCCUUCUUUCUGCUGAAGAAGAAACCAGUGCGGCAGAAAUGUUGCAGUGGUACAUCACCACAGGCAGCACCCUGUCCUUCCUCAGUAUGUCUCGUGGGGGGCCGUUGGGUGAUGGGGCUCCCAGUGAGCGCAAGCCCGUGCAGGAAUUGGGCAUAAAAGAGAUUAAAGACAAAAAUGAGCCUGGGAUCUACGCUUUCGUUGCUCAAGUGCGUCGUGUGUACUGGAAGCCGAGGCAGCAGCAGCAGCAGCAGCAACAGGGGCAGCAGCAACAGGAUAUCUACACAUAUGCUGCCUGCCCCUCAUGUGACGCCCGACUGGAGGUAUAUGCUGCUUGCCUCUUUUAUCGACAGUACCGGCUCUUUGAGCUGCAGAUGCUUUGCAGAUAUGGAGUUACGGUAAAGGCGGAGUUCGAUAAUUAUAACGGGGAACAGCGCAUGCGGUACACAGCGCUCCGGGUAGAGACAUUGGAUCCACACGGCUUCUCUCUGCUGCUGCUCCAGCAUCUCAAAGCCGCAGUACGCUGCCUCGCUCUGCUGCUGCUGCUUAUGCUGUCUUUUGCUGGCGUUGCUGUUGACACCGUUACUGCUGCUUCUUGGCAUUCGGUGCAAAUGUACGAGCCACUUAGACCGGUGGACCCUACAAUUGUUAUUUCCAUCGCGCAGGUACCGACGUUGACGGACUUUGCAGCGAGCAAGAAGGCGAGACUUGAGGCGGACGAUACAGAGCUGCAACCUGACACAAAACGGCCUUUGGUGGAGGCGCACUAA